AUCUGAAGCUUGAUUCAUUCUCAUCUUUACAAUGUGAUGAAGGUGAUUUUUUGUUCUUAUUUUAUGGUAUGAUUUGCAUUUUCAAUUUUGUUUGUGUUAAUUUCUUUCAUUUUUGAGCAUAGUGUCUACAAGAAGAAGAACGAGAUCUAUUACCCAUGAUGUCCGAUUCAGGGUCACAACAAGCAACACCACUGAAUGAACAGAACAAGCUUUUUAUCAGUGGUAGUAGGAGUGACACUAGGUUGUUUUCUGAUUGUAACAAAGGGAACAUGUCUCAGCCUUUUGAUUCAACGCGUGAACAUGGUAUAUCACUAGGUUUUAAGUUUUGAAUAUUUUAUCCACUGUUUGCUUCUUGCUCAAUCUGCAUUGAAUACCAAGUUGCUGAAACUUGACUCUACAACUUCUUUUAAUGCCCAUUCCGGUUAAUGCCAAUGAUUAUAACAUUGGUGCUAGUUCUUAAAAGUACAACUUCAGCUAGAGCAGUUGGUGGUGUGUUUACUACCCCUCCAUAUCAAAGUCACAAUGUAACAUAUCCUUUUUCAAGGACAUCUAAUGUUUUGCCUUUCAAUGCAGGUUCAAGACCAUGGGGAUUGGUGAAUACUCAACCAUCUCAGCGUGUAAAUGAGAGAUCUCCCCUGUCAAAUAUGUCCAAUAUAAUGAAUGGAACUUCAAGUGGUAUUAGGAGAAACAAUAUGUUGUUUUCUGAUUGUAACAAACAGAACAUGUCCCAGCAAUCUGAUUUGACACGUGAACAUGUUAAUGCGAAUGAUUAUAACAUUGGUGCCAGUUCCAGACCAAUUGGUGGUGUGUUUACUACCCCUGUAUAUAAGAGUCAAAAUGCAAUAGAUCCUUUUUCAAGGGUGUCUAAUGAUAACCCUUUCAAUGCAGGUAUAUGUAUCAAAAUUCAUGUUGCAUUUUAUAUCCCUGCCAAGACAGUGCUGAUUGUGUAUUUUUGCAAACUAGGUUCCACACCAUGAGGAUCAGUGAAUACUCCCUCAUCUCCAUGUGUAAAUGAAAGAUCUCCACUGUCGAACAUCUCUAAUAUAAUCAAUGGAAACUCAUAUAUUAAAAAGAAUCCUAAUUUAUCACAUGCUGAAGGAGGUUCCAUAUCUACAUCUUCUUCUUUUGUUACAGGAAGAGUAAAUUCAUCUAGCAGAAGUGUUAAAAAAGGAGUUUCAUUGAACAAAUGCCAGAAAAGAAUCUUAGGAGAGACUGUCUAUCAAUCUCAAAUACCACUGUCCCAUCCAGGAUAAAGCGUCUACCUAUUGACAGUUAUUUGCUUAAUAAUUCACAUGCCCAGUUGUUUGAAGUUCCUGUUCAUACAAUAGAUGAUCAUGUUGAUGGUCCCCCGCUAAAUACUGGUAUUUCAUUUUUCUCAUGUUUUUCAUUUCUUCGAUAGCUGGUUUAUUGGAAUUUACUAUAUUUGUGUCUUUCACCUUUUUAUAGGUAAUUCUGGUACAUUUUUUUGCCUGUUUUUUGUUUUCAUGUUUUGGAUUUUUUAUCCAGCAGUUGGUUCUUGUCCAAUCUGCAUUAAAUUAUGAGAAUUGAAAAGUGAUUUUACGAUUGCAGUUAAUGCCAAUGAUUAUGACAUUGGUGCCAACUCUAAAGGCACAACUUCUUCCAGAGCAUUUGGUGGUGUGUUUACUACCCCUGCUAGGGGUGAGUAUUCGGUUAACCGAAACCGAAACCGCAUUUUUUUCCGGUUAACCGAAACCGAAAUAAGAGCAAACUAGCUACCGAAAACCGAACCGAAAAUUUUUCGGUUUAUAACCGAAACCGAAAUUAUAAUUUCGGUUAUAACCGAAAACCGAUAUUAAUAACCGAAAUUUCAAUAUUUACUGGACAGUAUAUAUCAUCGGAUGUUCAGGUUACAGUGUUACAUCCACGCUUCUGUAACCUUCUAUCCCAAAACUGAGCAAACAUUGAUGCAAUGAAGUUGAUGGAAUGAACUGUUUUGUUUUAAGGCCAUGGUGAGAACACAGGAUAAGAACGGUCACCAGCAGUACUACUCUCAAAUCUCAGUUUUUAUGCAUUGUUUCGAUUACUAAUACAAAUCCUAAGCAGAUUAAAUCGAAAGCAAGGUAUUGCCUAUAAUUUGAAACUUGAUUGUAUAAUACAAUGUUAGAUUAUAACUAUAAAC